GAAAAUGGCCGACAUUUUAUCUAAACAUUUCCCGUUUGACUCUCUUGGUUGAGAUAUAUUGUUUAUCUCGUCUCCUUUCUUCACAAUAGUCGGAUAUGUGCCAUUUUAUAUAGAUACAAUUGAAAGUAAACCGAAUUAUUCCUCAAGAUCAUCAUGGAUAUGCCCACAUACUUCUUCACGACAACGGAGCUGAAAAAUUUCUUGUUCCAGAAUCUGAACAUAUCUGGCGCGAAGGGUUUCGUGGUGCUGUGUCUGGUGAUUUUCUGCAUCAUGGCACUUUUUGAGGGAAUCAAACUAGUGAAGAUUUUCUUUGAACUGAAAGUGAAGCAGGAUCCGCUGACCUACAGUCACACGGACAGCUCAGCUGAAGACCGGGAGGGCUUGUUGUCCUCUCUCAUGUUCCCUGCCGACAUGGGGCAGAUCAGGAGGAGAAGAAUGAAAUACCAUUUUCUGGGCUGCAUGUCCCACAUGUUCAACAUGAUCAUCGCCUACCUCAUCAUGCUUGCCUUUAUGUCGUACAGUGUGUGGGUCGGCAUCGCCAUAACGCUCGGAUCUGGUGUGGGCUACUGGGUGUUCGGCUAUAUUCAACAGCAUAUGGUGGACAAAUACAAAAAACUGAACCAACUCCAGCUGACAGCAAUGAAAGAUCAGGAGCGGGAAGAGGAGUUUUCAGCAAUCAACAAUCCAGUACAGCCUGAACAUUGUCAUAUGUGAUGGGGUCGGGCUAUCUCAGGAAGGGCAGGGCUUGGCAUGAUUGGCAGCUUAUUUCACUAUACUGUUAAGUACUGUUCACAUAUAGGGCGACAUUUUAAUAUGAGGACAGUUUUUGUGGUAUUGACAAUUCUGAUAGUUUUAAUUUUACUUUAUCAAGUUUGGAUGUUUAGGUUAUGAAACCAUAAAAUUGAAGAAUUAUGAGGAAUUAGUGAAAUUAUUAAGAAAGAUAUUAAAUUCAGAAUCAGUGUGUUGCAUGUUAAAAGUGUCAAUUUUCAUUUUGUUUGUAUCAAACAUUUUAGUUGAAAUAUAACUUCCGGUAUAUUUUUGUAUUUUUUUCCAAUAUUACUUUUUCAUGCUCUGGUCUUUUUCAUUCGGUAGAGUCUAAUGGUGAUCGUACCAUAUUAUCAACUCCAUCCCAAUCAGAUGCCUCGUAAUGUCCUCUUCAAUACUGUAAUCAUCUAUCUAGUCUAUGGUGAUGUUACAAUAUACUCAACCUAUUCCUAAUCAUCUUCUAUAUCAGUCAUAGCUCACUCUACAAUCAAGCAAGUAUCCAACCCAGAAACAUGGAAAUUGGUGUAUUAAUCACAUUCUUUGUAAUUAAUACUUUAAAUAUACAUUUAAAUGUUAACUAGGGGUGGGUAUUGCAGGAAAUUUUCAUAUUGCGAUAUAUUGCGAUGCGAAAGCAUGUAUUGCGAUAUGUAUUGCAAUAUAUUGCAAGAAGGUU